CAUAACGAAGUGAAGAAAAGGACUUGAAAAGCACUUGUAUGAGUGACAGCAGGGAAUAAAUCAGCUGGAAACUAAAAGGAUAAAGAGGCAAGCGAGGAGAGGACAAUAAGGACACAAAGCAAAGGAUACUGCUCUUUUUGUUGUUGUUGGAUUGGUUUGACCCGUUGGAUUUUUCAUUCCCCUCCUCCUGGGCUGAACGCAUAGGGGGGAGGCAGCCAUAACCACUGCAAGGAUGAAGUACAACUACCACGUACCAGUGUCAACGUACACACGCAGCUCCCAGUACACACCAACAUACCACACACCUACCUAUUACACCCCCACACAUUACACACCAACUCACUACACAUCCACAUAUACCUCCAGCACAAAGUACACCCCGACACACUAUAGCACAACACAUUACACCCCAUCACAUUACACAUCCACUUACAAGUCUGCAUCAUCGUACGUCCCUUCAUAUAGCAAAGGGUCACGGUACAGCUCAACACGUCGCACACAAGCACAGGAAAUUCCUGCACCUGUGAUACCUGUCGCACCUGCAAAGAGAACUGUGCACUUCCCCAAUGACAUCAUCUUCCAGGAUAUUGUUAGACGUGGAGAUAUGGAGCAAAUUGGGCGGUUCAUGAGAGCGAGGAAGGUUCGUGUGGAUACACUCUUCCACUCAGGUAUGGCAGCACUACAUGAAGCUGUGCUAACAGGAAACCUGGAGGUGGUGAAGCUGUUGGUGAAAUAUGGAGCUGAUGUCCAUCAGAGAGACGAGGAUGGCUGGACGCCACUUCACAUGGCCUGCAGUGACGGCUAUCCAGAAAUUGCCAGAUAUCUCCUGUCAAUGGGCGCCAGCACAGAGGCCGAAAAUGAAAAUGGAGAGAAGCCUGUAGACCUCAUCGACCCAGACUGCACAGAGCUGGUCAAAAUGUUUGAGACUGGCUGUGUGUGAAUUUAGGCCCCCAGAUGGACCCGGCAGGAGAGAACAAACACAAAGAAAACAUGGAGAAGCUGAGCAGCUACAACCUUCAUCAUCAUACAAUGCCAAACAAACUUAUAACAGGGCGGAACAACGCAGCUGCUGCAUCUUGCAGAUCCUGUUGAGCAAGAUGGCAGCUCUGUUUAUAGCACAAAUUGCUGUGAGAUUUAUAUUUUUGUAAU